UCCGCGGUCCCUCGAAGCCAGCGCACGCCGCGCCCCGCCCCCUCGGCACGCAGGCUCCGCGCGAGCUCGCGCACGCGCGCGCGCGCACUUUUCAGAGCCUCACUCUGGCCAGCGGGGAUCAACGGGCGGAGGCUGGGCUGCUGAAGUACGAGGGGCGGAGCCCGGGCCGCCACCGCCGCCUUCACCGCCGCCGCCGCCGCCGCCGCCGCUGCCGCCAAAGAGGAGCAUGUCUGCAACUCGAGCCAAGAAAGUGAAGAUGGCCACCAAAUCAUGCCCCGAGUGCGACCAACAGGUUCCUGUUGCAUGUAAAUCAUGUCCCUGUGGUUACAUAUUUAUUAGCAGAAAACUUUUAAAUGCAAAACACCCAGAAAAAUCACCAUCUUCUACAGAGAAACAGGAAAAGGAAAUUGACAUCUAUGCUAACCUCUCUGAUGAAAAGGCUUUCGUGUUUUCAGUCGCCUUGGCAGAAAUAAAUAGAAAAAUUAUUAAUCAAAGACUUAUUCUCUGAUAUUUGUCUGCAAAAUGUGUUGAAACUUUCUUCAGGAUUACAUCAGCAAAUUCUCAAACAGUUAUGAACUCCCAGGAGCAUUCUGACUGCAUCAAUAAGGGCCAUUGAUUGUUUUUUUUUCUUUAUCAUUUAGCCUGUGGCACACUUUGGGAGCAAAGCUGCAGGCUUGGACUGUUCUGGGAUUUCCUUGUUUACCAAGGAGUAUUGUCAGUGUUUUGUGUUUGGGAUAUAGUGUAUUAACCCCCCCCACCCCCCACCCCCCCUGCUGAAAAAAAGAAAAAAAGCUGGAUGGCUUUUACAGGAUUAAGGGGUAGGGUUGGGAGUGGAAGUAAGAAAACUAGAGAAAUAAAAUGAUAGUUUGCAGAUUUGACACCAGAGAUGCAAUAUUUUAAAUACUUUGAAAAAGAGUGACUUUUAAAAAUAUAUAUUUCAGAUUUUCAGCACUAACAUUGCAUAUUUGCAGUUCAUUUAGUAAAUUGGCAAUUGAUAUUUUAUUGAAUGGGGAAUUAAUAAUAUAAACUGUAAAUUUUGUCUUAAAUUGAUUUUUUUCUUGGCCUUUAUUUUUAUAACUUAAGGUAUGAGUUAUAUUUUAGAAGCUACUUUCUAGUUUGGAAGUUUGGGUGCUAUAUGAAGAAAAACAUUUAAGGAUAUAUCAUACUUCAGAUAUAAACUCCUUGUUUUCUUGAAUGUAAUUUAUUUAUUAAUUAAAAAAAAUACUUUUUUGCUCUCAAGAUGGUGCCUGUUAACCUAAACAUAAAAUAUAUUUAUUACAUGCAAAAUAUUUCUUAGAUAGCCACUUUGAAGCAGUAAUGUUCUUUCUGAAUGGAUGUUCAUUUAUACAUCCUGAAAAUUAUUUAAAUUGUUACUUAACCUCACUCUGGAGGAAAAAAAUAAACCUUAAUAUUGAAACUAAUAGAUUAAAUAGUUUGGUAUAAGCUUUUUGUUCUAGUGAAGUUUGUGAACUGUAUUUAAAUUAUUAAUUUUCUAGUGUUAAAUGAUAAUUGUUUAUAGUUGAUUUGUUUUAUACUAAAUGCUUUUGCAUUUUUGUAUAUCGAUUUAAUGCUUAACAUAUUCAAACUUGAUAAUGACUUCCCUUAUUUUAAGUCGACUGUGGCCUCCCCCUUCCCCCCCACCCCAUCUGUUUGGAAGUCCUAAAGCCUUAUUAAGGAAUGUAGGCAGCAGUUAGACUUAGUCCUUACUUAAGAGAACUUUCCUUUCAAUUUCAACAACAGCAUUGUCAGCUUCAGAGUGCAUCUCCCAUUACCUCCCAGAAGAAAAGAGGUUUACCUUUUUUUCUACUUUAUUUAAAUGGUAGCCAGCAGAGGGAGCUUAAGAGGUUCUCUAGGUAGGAUGUAGGAUUUUCCUAAAAAUUCCUUUUCCCUCAAUCCCCAUAUUUACCUGCAAGUACUACUACAAUUAUCUUGUAUGCAUUUUAAAGCCCUAGUAAUAAAGUUUAUUCCCAGAAAUGUUAAUGUGAUUUUAUCUAUGAAAUAUAAGAAAACUUUAAAUUUUGAGAAAAAAACUUAAGAUUAAUAUCUAAAAAUGCUUAUGAACUUAAUACAGGCAUACCUCCAAGAUA